GCCUCAGUUGAAUUUGGUCACUCUGUACCACCAUAUUUCUCUUGACCAUCCUCUGAAGAACCAACAGAGCUCUAAAAUGAAAUCACUAUAGAGAAAUAUGUUAUGAAACUCUGUAGGGAUAUGGAGUUCACCAGACUAAAUACCGCAAGUGAAAAUGACAAUGCAGUGCUUAAUUAUGAGAAAGAGGUAGAAACAGAGAGUCAGCAUCAUCAGCCUGAGUCCCACAGCCUGCCAAGAACCCAUUUUCUGCAUUCUGGAUAUUUUCACAGUGCCACAGAAUCAAGCGCAUUCUCUCCAUAUACCAAAGACCAUAAAUCUAAGUACAGAGAGCUACAGGAUCAGUGCUCUAGCCACAGUGGAAAAUAUGGAUGUAUCGCUCAGUCUUCUAGCCCACCCCCACUGGCACAGCCAGGCUUCUACAGUCCCAAGAUCCCUCGAUCCAAACACUGUGAGCCUUCUUUGUUCUCAGCCAAGCCUUUGAAAGUGUGUUCCCCAACUGAAAACAUUACUCACACUUUGCCUCUGUCCAACUCCAAGAUAGCUGUUCUGAAACAAAGCAGACUAUGUUGCAAACCACAAAGAAUCAAGACAACAUUGGUAGAAAAGCCUUGCUUGAUGAAAGCGGUAAUUUCAGAAACAACAGAACUGAAACAACUCGGCCAGCAGCAGCACAGCAGGCAAUUUCAGUGCAUAAAGGACAUCCAGAAUCAGUGUUUUUCCAGCCCACACCAGUCUUCACUGAAUUUACCAAGUACACCAGUUUCUAGGAGGAUGGAAUAUGUCUGGAAUCAUUUUUGCCCACCUCAGUCCAACAAAGAUCAGCUAACACAAAGACAAAAUAUCCGAAGUCUCUCUAGCAUGCAAAAAUGUGACCAGGAUCUUCCAAAAAUCCAGCCGUCACUAGACCAGCCUAACAGAUAUUUACAGUCUUCAAGUAACAACAAGUGCAGCCCGUGCAACUGUAUUCCAAACUCUCUGGAUAGUUCUGACUACCUUCAAUCCAGCCAAUCACAUGGCAGCAUCACUCAUGGAAACAGAAACCUGGACAUGGACAAGGAGAUGUUUCAUUCAAAAGUCAGAAAACACUCCAGUGAUGUUAGAAACAAUUCAUCUAGCAAAAGAAAUAAGAGGACUUUGUUAUUCUGCAGUCAGGUGGACAUAACCUCAAAGAAUGUGUUUGGUCAGCCCCGAGUGGUUGCCUCACUUCGGCCAUCUUGCUCUCCACAACCUAUUCACAGAAGCACAAUAGUGGAGGACUUGAAAAAACUAAUUGUCAUGGAUGACACAACUGACAACUCUCAGGAUGACCCGACCUCUCUUCAGCAAACAAAGACACCUGGCAGUCCUAGUCAGCUCCAAAAGCAUGAUUCAGCUUCUCCAAGCCCUUUAAUGUUAGCCAGCCAUGUCCUCAGCAAACAACCUCUGUGCAGGCCCAGCAACCUCUAUCUGCAGUCUGGUCCCAGAGUGUGCCAAUCAAUAUCAGGGCUCGUUGAGUCUGAGGUAUGGGACAUGGAUCUUCAGUUUGAUCAUGGACUCCUGCCUGUACUAAAUACAGCCCAUGGCCUUGAUAGGAACCAUUUGGUUAAGGCUGCUGAGGUCUAUGAGAUGCAGAGGGAGGCUAACCUCCUAUAUGUAGAGCCACACACCAUGCAUUCAGGCCUAAGUCCUGUAACAUGCAGCCCAUCUUACAGCUGCCAGAACAUUCCAGAUGAUAGCCUGCCUGUCAGUGGAGACACAGAACUUCUUUUAGGAUGUUUUGAAGACAAUUUUGUUGAAUUUCCUGACCCGCUGUCUCACCUGGAAAUGACACUGAGAAAGCUAAGCAGUGAUCUUGUAAAGGAAAAGAAGAACAAAGUGGCUUUGAUGGCAGAGGUACUCAAACUUCGCAUGAGCAACCAGCACCUGAAAGAAGAGUCUCUGUCUGCUAAUGCACAGCUACAAAAAAUCUACCAAAUGUUUAAUGACAGUAAACAGAACAAUGUGUGAAAAACACAUCAAAAUCUGAAUUUCUUGUACUUUAAUCAAGUUUAAAAAGGUAGCAACACGAUGUGCAAAGUGUUUAAAUUUCACAAAAGUUAUAACUCAAAAGAUAUUCUACUGGGAGGUGCAUUAAAGCUUUGGCAUGACCUGCAACCAGAGUGAGUUUGUAGUAUAAGUAACAUACAGUAUUAAUAAAAAUAAAGGUACUCUAAAUAGGCAAUAAACAAACCUGAGUAUAUGUUCCUAUUAUUAGCAAAUAUUAAGUGCAUUUCCUUUGAUGAAAAUAAUUGUUAUAUUACAAAAAAACAACACAACAACACAACUGCCACAAAAUAAUAAAUUGUUAACAAGAACAGUAUUUAUUACCACUGAUAAUCUUAGUACUUUAUGGAAUAAAAAUACAGACCCUUUGAGUACCUGCUUCUCUUUCAAAA